AUGUCGAAGCAGGGAUCGAAAUUCAUAAAACUUAACAAACUGUCAGAUCUCGGGCUACGAAAUUUGCGAGGUGGGAAAGCCAGGCGUCCCGAGUUGACAAGCAUGCAGUCGGGAGUUAGCAAAGCGAAUGUUUACAUCAAGGCUAGUCGUGCAUACACCAUACAGUUGGAACUGGCACAGAAAGCAAUGGAUCUUUUACACCUAGUAUGUGACGUGAAUCCAGCAAUCGUCUUGGACCUAGGCUGUGGAAGUGGUAUAAGUUCAAAGGUCAUUGCUGACAGAGGCCAUUUCCCUAUAGGAGUAGAUAUUAACCCUUCAGUGCUGAAACUUAUGACUGGGCAGCGUGACUGUUCGGCAAAUGCAGUUUUGAGUGAUAUCAGCAAGGACUUUCCGUUUCGGCGUGGAAUAUUUGAUACAGCAGUCAGUAUUUCAUUCUUGCAGUGGCUUAUUGUUGAUGAAAAUGUGGAUACUCUGUCAGUCUUUUUUCGUUCCUUGAAGCUUUGUUUAACCGAAAAGGGUGCAGCUGUGUUGCAGUUUUAUCCUAGGACGGUGGCAGAUGUUGAAAAAACUGUUAAUUCAGCUUCCUUGUUUUUCAAAGGGUUUCUCGUUUGUGAUUACCCGCACAAAAACAGAGGGAAGAAACUGUUUAUUGUUCUUUUUUCAUUAUGA